AUGCACCCAUCACUCCCACAGCCCUCUUCAACAUUAUCUCUCUGGCACCGAACCACACGUUCAUUCCCCCAUCUGCACGCCAAUCGACUCGCUCCAGCUCCCCCCGCGACAAAAUACCUGAUCAUUGGCUCGGGCAUCUCAGGGGCCUUGACUGCCUGGAAACUGGUCGAAACUGGCGUAAAGGGAGAAGAUAUUCUGAUUAUCGAGGCACGAGAAGCUGUUUCAGGUGCCAGUGGAAGAAAUGCCGGACACAUCCGACCAGACUCCUUCCGUGGUUUUCCCGAAUAUGCAAAAUUCCACGGACCCGAACAGGCGAGAAAGAUUCUCGAAAAUGAACGCGUUGUUCUGGAAAAUGUUCGGCAAUUUGUGAAAGACCAUAACGUUGACUGUGACUUUAACUAUUUGAGGACAUUCGAGGUUGCUUUGACGGAAGAAUACGUCCGUCUACUCAGUAACUCGCUUGCAGCGUUCAAGGCGGCUGGAGGCGAUGUCUCGCACGUUAAAUUUUAUGAAGGAGAGGCAGCGCAGAAGGAAACGAGGGUCCCCGGAGCUUUGUGUGCGUACCAGUCUCCCGCUGCGUCGAAUCAUCCCGGGAAGCUUGUGCAAUGGAUCUUGAACGAUUUCAUUGCGAAAGGGGGUAAGCUAUGGACUCAUUGUCCGGCUACCAGAAUCGAACGUUCUCAAAACGUGGGAAACUUCAAGUGGGAGGUCCACACGCCUCGUGGCAUUAUUGCUGCUCAGACAGUGGUGCACUGUACGAAUGCUUAUGCUGCCUAUCUACUGCCAGAGCUGAGCAAGUUUAUAACGCCUCGCCGAUCGCAAGUGAACUCGUUUGUUCCACCACUUUCUCUCUCUGGCGAAGGCACGUUGAAUCAUACCAUGGCAUUGAGGUAUCAAGCCGAUCAUUUUUUCUCUGUCAAUUCAUUGAAGAAUGGGAUGGUUGUGCUCGGUGGGACGGGCACACGAAGUAGCUCAGAUAUGACACCUGAGGACUUGAUCACGUUCGACGAUUUCAAAUUUAGCGAUCGUCUUGCACGGAAUAGUACAAAGGAGUUCUUGGGACUAUGCAAGGAGCCGGAAUCGGCUCCGCUUCGACACGGGGAAGGGUUGGAUCAUGCGUGGACGGGAAUCAUUGGGAUGACGGCUGAUCGCGCACCGUUGCUUGGACCAAUCGAGGGUCUUGAGGGCCAAUGGAUCUGCGCUGGGUUUAACGGUCAUGGUAACAUAUUCCUCCGUUUCAUUGAGCAUAUGCCGGACAGCUGA